GUCUCCGUGGCCCAGGCGCGCUCCCGCGGCCUCUGCCUGGUGAAGUUGAGCCGCUCCGAGCAUGUCGAGCCCCGGUGAACCUGUCUGAGCAGGACUUCACACAGGGGAUCCACAGAGAGAGAGAGUGUAUGUGUGUGUGUCUGUGUGUGUGUGUGUGAGAGAGAGUGUGUUUCUCUCUCUGCCACCAUGAAGUUUGACUCUGAGGAAAACUGGGAUUUUUUCUCUCUGCUUCCCAUCCGGAUGGAGACCGCCGCUGCGCGCUGACCAGCCAGUCCGCGUUCGGCUCCUCAUCAGCCGGGGAAACCCUGCGGAACCAGCCGGGAGCGGCUCGGCUCGCACCUCAACUUGCUUUGAUUUCUCUCUCCUUUCUUUCUUUCCUCCAUUUUUUUUUAUUAAUGUCUAUGGACUACAAAAGCCCAGAGUGACUCAUUAACAUACACACAGCUGAAAAUGGAGACGGUCAUGGAGAGGGAGUGCAGCGCGCUGGGAGGACUUUUCCAGACCGUCAUAGGGGACAUGAAGAGCAGCUACCCAGUGUGGGAUGAUUUCAUCAGCAAGGCUGGCAAACUGCAGUCACAGCUCAGGACGACGGUUGUCGCGGUAGCAGCCUUCCUGGACGCCUUUCAGAAGGUGGCCGACCUGGCAACCAACAGCCGAGGCGGGACCAGGGACAUCGGUUCGGCCCUCACCAGGAUGUGCAUGAGGCACCGCAGCAUCGAGGCCAAACUCCGACAGUUCUCCAUGGUGUUUCUGGACUGUCUGAUCAACCCUCUGCAGGAGCAGAUGGAGGAGUGGAAGAGAGUCGCCAACACUCUGGACAAAGACCACGCCAAAGAGUACAAAAAGGCUCGUCAGGAGAUCAAGAAGAAAUCCUCGGACACUCUGAAGCUGCAGAAGAAAGCAAAGAAAGCUGAUGUUUUCGGCCGCGGGGACCUGCAGCCUCAGCUGGACAGCGCCAUGCAGGAUGUCAGUGAUAAGUACCUGCUGCUGGAGGAGACGGAGAAGCAGGCGGUGAGGAAGGCACUGGUGGAGGAGAGGAGCCGCUUCUGCGUCUUCGUGUCCAUGCUGCGGCCCGUCGUGGAGGAGGAGAUGUCCAUGCUGGGUGAGAUCACACACCUGCAGACGCUGACGGACGACCUGAAGACCCUCACCAUGGACCCUCACAAGCUGCCGGCGUCCAGCGAGCAGGUCAUUGUGGAUCUGAAGGGCUCCGACUGCACUUGGUCCUAUCAGACUCCGCCCUCGUCGCCGAGCACCACCGUAUCCAGGAAGUCCAGCAUGUGCAGCAGCCUGAACAGCGUGAACAGCAGCGACUCGCGCUCCAGCGGCUCCCACUGCCACUCCCCCACCUCCCACUUCCGUUACCGCGCCUCCUCCUCCUCCUCCUCGGCGCUCCCUCAGCAGACGCCGGCCCGCCUCUCCUCCGUCUCCUCCCACGACUCCGGCUUCAUCUCCCAGGACGCCUUCCAGUCCAAGUCGCCCUCGCCCAUGCCCCCGGAGAGCUCACAGUCGUGUGUGUCUCCAUCAUCCUCAUGCGUCUCUAAGAGCUCUCAGCCUGUCAGUGAGGAGCCUUCCUCUUCCUCCUCCUCCUCUUCCUCACCCACACACCGUGACCCCAGCUCCGGUGUGCAACAGUUGUCAAACGGUUUCGAGCAUCACGCUGCCCUCUACCUGCACGGAGCGGCGCUGCAGGCCCAGGACAGCCACCUCCUCCAUCCAUACUUCACCUCCUCGUCCUCCUCCUCCUCCUCCUCUCCCACCUCCCCCAUCUCCUCGCCCUCCUAUUCGUCCAUCUCUCCCGUGUGGGCGUGGUCUCGUCCGGGCCCCGGCCAAUCAGGAGAGCUGGCGCCGCUCUGCCCGCUGGGGCCGGGGAUGAUCCCGUCGUCCAGAGUCCCGACCUGGAAGGACUGGGCCAAGCCGGGCCCGUACGACCAGCCGGCCGCCAACACCCUGAGGAGGGGCAAGGAGCGCAGGGAGACCACAGAUCCCAGCAGCCACCAGGGCGGUGAUGUCACCACGCCGGGGGAGGAGCCUCAGAGGGUGAAAGGCGGCAACUCGGCGACGAAGGAGGACAGGGAGGCCCAUGAGGAGCUGGCCCGAGCGCUGGCCCGCGGCCUGCAGCUGGACAUCCAGGCCUCCAGCAGAGACUCGCUGCAGGGCUCCAGCGGCUACAGCAGCCAGACCAACACACCGUGCUGCUCCGAGGACGCCAUCCCGUCACAAGUGUCAGACUGUGACUACUUCUCCGUGGGAGCGGAUCAGGACGGCGAUCAGCAGUCAGCAGACUUUGAUAAAUCCUCCACCAUCCCACGCAACAGCGACAUUGGCCAGUCCUACCGCCGCUUGUUCCAGUCCAAACGUCCCGCCUCCACGGCGGGCCUGCCCUCCAACCCCUCCUCUAUCAUCACCCCGGGCGUCGCCACCAUCCGGCGCACGCCCUCCUCAAAACCCAACCUGCGACGGCCCUCGGGGGGCCUCGGCCUGGGCCCUAUCCCCAUCAAGCCCCCCAUGAUCCCCGUCAAGACGCCCACCGUGCCCGAGCACCCCGGCGGCGGUGCGCCGUUCCCCGGCAGGGCAGCGUCGGAGGACAGUGACAACCCGCGGAGUCCGCUCAGCCCGCAGACCGCCCCGUUCUCCCCGGGCAGCAGCGGGUCGCUGUCACCCAAGACCGGCCCCUGGGAUGGGCCCCAGGGCGAGGGGUCGGACCCUCCCACCCCGCCGCCACAGCCCGGCGGCCGGGUGUCGGAGUGGGAGCGCCGGCCUCUCCCGGAGCUGCUGGAGGAGACAGAGUGUGGCGAGGUGGAGGACGUUCUGGUGGCAAUCCGGCGAGGUGUCAGGCUCAAGAAGACGACGACCAAUGACCGUUCAGCGCCGAGGAUUCACUGAGGAGCGGGUCGCUGUGACUCACGCCGCUUCGCACCCCCGGGUGAUUUUCAAAAUUCGCUGCUUAGUAGCUGCGAAUGGGAGCUGUGACACCAAACGAAUGCCGAUCAUAAGAGGAAGUUGCCCUAAGACUUUGAUCAAGGAUCAGUUUUUAAAUUUCCUCACUAAAUGUUGAAGGGAUGUUCCAUUUUGGUGUCGCGCGAGAUCAUUUCAAAAAAUGCUGUUUUGACUUCAGGUUAAAAGUCUCUAAAACGUAAAGAACCCGGUCUGUAAACAUGCCAUCACUCUGCCAACCAAGGACUUUAGUUACCUCUUUCCUUUAAAAGGUACCAGCAUUUGCCUUCAUUUUUUGCCAACAUUUCAUCAGGUGGCACUUGUAUAAAAUCUCUCCAUUUUGGAACAAACCUUCAGUUUUGGUUUUUACUUGAAUCCGAUCAUGUGAGCUUGUGAACAUGAUUGGCUGCCCUGGCUUGUAGUGAUGUCAUUCUCAUAUUUCAUGGUAUCAUAUACUGUCCUUCACAGUUUGAAAAUCUCACUUCUUCUUAAUGAUAUAAACUGAAGUGAGCAAUUCGAGACAGUAUUUAAUUUCUUUUAUAAGUGAAGUAAUUUUGCGUGUUUGAAAUUGCUGAGCAGAAUCUUUGAUGGUGUUGCAGUUUGACUCUUGGUUGUUUUUUUGUUUAGGUGAGCUUCCUUGACAAUGACAAACAUGCACCAAAAUGAAAUGUGAGAUGAUGUAUUUUCUGAAAAUUCCUGGUCGGAAAGCCAAUUCAGUCAGUCAAGGGACGCUCCAGCUCCAGAAAUUUCUCGUUUGGGAAACUGAAACAGUUCCACCUUUUUGCACUUGAAUAAUUUUUAGCCAUUUUGGUCACACUUACGCUGAUCCGAGGUCAUUUCUUCAGGGCAACUUCAGCCAGGAGAGGGUGCAAAAUACCAACCUUCAGAGGUUUGCACAAGGUUGCUCUAGAACUAGAAAUGGCAAGAUCAAACUCGAUGUGAGCUUGUGCUGUAUUCGGAGGGAUCGAUGAUGCGAGUAGAGAAGACGACAUGAGGGAAAAAUGCUGGAUGAAGGGGAGAAGGAUGGAGUAUUUUUCAAAACUCUUUAUUUGUAUGUACAUACGUAUUUAUAUUUUGAUGUGUUUGUACGUUUCGUUGUCAUACGCUCCUCUCGCAUCCAUUUACUCUCCCAUUUUCACAAAAGGUGCCAAAAGCCUUUGUGCUGGAAUCAACUUAAAUAUCCUUUAUUUUAUUGAAAUGAUGCCGAUUCCUUUUUUUCUUCUUCUGUGAAACCAUAGAGUAGGGUGUUUCUAAGACAAAAUAUUUCAAGGAAACUGAAAGAGAAUAAAGGCAGACUGAGGAAAAAAGUAUCUGUAUAUGUAGGGUAGAAUAUGAAGAGUGGUGUGUAACCCUUUAUAUAGCAACAAAGUUUUUUUAUAUACAGUAUUUAAUGCCACAUAGAGUAACCUGCAUGUUCUGAAAGGAGUUUGCCCAAUAUAAGUAAUACUUGUGGCUCAUGAAUUAGAGUAUUAAGUGAAAACAGCCCAUAAUAACCCACAGCACCGGCUGACUAUCAGCAGUGGAGGAUCAGGACACCAACAACCUGACAGAUCAAGCCUGCAGUUCACCAAACCAAACAGAAAAAAAAGGUUGUUAUAAAGGGCUGGGAGUUGAUGGUUCAUUGUUUAUUUUUUAAAUUUUUUGUUCUUUUACCGCAUUUUUUUUUUUAAUCACAGCAUUUUUUUUCUGUAGCGCACUUUGACACUGUUUUGAAAAGUGCUACACAAAUAAAGUUUAUCAUUUUAUCAUUGCAUUUAUGUUCUGUAAAGCGCUUUUGAAAAAAAAAUAAUAAAGUUUUCAAACAACAAAGAUUCAAAUUGGAAAACUGAUAAAGAAAAACAAAAGCGAAAUCCGCCGCUAUGUCGACGACACCGACUUCUAUUAUCAUCAUCGGCGUCGACAUCGCAGACUUGAUCUCUGAGUUUGUCGGCCUCCGGGUUCCACGUCCACCUUCGUCCCAUUUCCCUUUACAACCACUGACACGCUGCCAGUCUGCCUCCCAGCUGCAGUGGCUGCAAGUGUUAGCGUACACUUCAAGUCCAUGGUAGUAAUAGAGGCUGUUACUACAAAUUGCUUGUUACUACUUAGCUGUAGUAAUCGGAGUAAUGUGGAUAAGUGUAUUGAUCUGUUGUUGUGAAGCCUGUCUGGUGAUGCUAGGCUGUGUUUAGUAGGCACAGAUUAAAAAAAAAAAAAAUACAGUUGUGGACUUGAUCUAUGAGCAUUAGUGUUGGGACAGUGGGCUGCAGUUAGUUUAUAAUCAUAAACUCCAGAGGAUCCAGUCUAAGUAUUUUGAUUUUGUCGAUCCAGCGCACUAUGAAGAAAAUGUAUAACCCUUUUCUUUAACCGGCGCAUCUUAUUUUGCACUGAUGAUUUGAUUGAUUUCAGCAGGUUUGACAUCGAGGCCUUUUCCCUCUCAGUUAUGAAGUCAUAAACCUGUGACCAAAUGAAAAUCAGUGAACAGCAAGGGCUCAAGCCAAAGUUUCCAAACUCCCAGAAGUCAAAGUUCACCCUCAGCCGUUACUUGGAAGCUGGAACAAUCUCAUUGAUUGAGCCAAAGAACCAUUUGUUUUUUAAAAGUCAUAUUAGACUGGGUGGUAUGGGGUAUAGGAGAAAGAGAACUGUUAGCUAGCAUCCAAAACUAAGAAUUGAACUACCAGGCCACCGUGUCGCAGGAAAACCCAGCGACCCAGUGGUUAGACUGUCUCACACACGAGAGGUCACAGGUUUGAUUCCCCAGUGGAUCUUUGAGCAAGAUGGUGAAAGAGUCAUCAAAAUGACUCUGGAAGGUGAAAAAUGGAGAUUUAACAACUGCCCUGUUCACUGUCCCAAUACGUACAAAUGUAAAUGUUCUGCUUUGUUAAAUGGAGAAUAACUCAAGUGUACGCGUCUCCACUGAAAUGUGCUAAUAAUUGGAAAAGAUAGCAAGUACACAAUGUUAUAUCAAUUAAUAAUAAUCUGAUCUGGGGUCAUUUCUGUCCAGUGACGGUGAGCUUUAGUCCUAAACUGUUUGUGCUCUCAGCUCUCAGAAGCUUUCAGCCUCUGGUGGCCAUGAUGGAGGCGACGGCGAGCAGCUGGUUUUGUUUCGACAGGUUUCAAAAGCGCAGCCAUCAACAGGCCUGACCCGAACUCUUCUAACAUGAACUGACGAGGAAAACUACAGAAGCCGUGAAGGGACACGGGGAGGGAGACAAAAAUCACAAAGAAAUAAAGUAAUUUUGCAUCAUAUCGCUAAACCUUUGCAUUCUCUCUCGAACAUUUGGUCCGGAGCUACUUUGACAUUUCAGCACAAGUCUAAAAAAAUUAUAAUGCUGCUCGGGAGAAGGCAAAAGCUUCUCAAGACAAUUCAGAAGUAUUUAAUUUCUUUUUUUGGUUCCCUCUGCAUGUCCCUUUAAGGCCUCUGUAGAAAACAAUUGGAAAGUGGAAAUCAUAAUAUUCAUCUUUUACUGGUAUGAAUACACAUUGGGUGUCAACCUUGUUUAUUUAGGCCAAAUAAUUCAGAUUGACAGGUAACUUUAAAAAUCCAGUGGCUGCAUUGGCUGACGAUACAAAAAUCCGGUUGAUCACUGGAGCUCCAUGACGGCUUCAAACCCGACUGGGAGACCCGAGCCUCGGUCGGGACGGUCGGGGGGUUACGACGGGCGGGUCCAGUGCUGUUCCUGUACGACAACACAUUUACAAACCACUGAGUGCUUGUAUUUAGUCAGUGUGGAAUAAUAGUCCAGCUAGUAACAGAGUUAACUAGAGAUGCACCACAAACCCCCCCGACUGCUGCGUAACACUUAGAUCCUGUCCAAUAAUAUUCAUCUUUUUAAUUUCCCCCCAGUUCAUUUAAAUGUCUCUAUCCGUUUUGUUUGUGGUGUUCUGACUUUUUAAACUACCCUCAGCUGUGCUGUCGAGCAUUCAUCAUUUUAAUGUAAAACCAUGUUAACAUAUAGAUCUAU